UUGCAAUGAAUAUGAAGUGCUAAUUUCACUUGGAAAAAUCAAAUUCUGCCUGAAAUAUAGUUUUGGAAUUACAAAAUGGCAUACUGUGAGUUGCCACCUUCGAAUGGAACCUCGAAGUGUACUGUUGUUCACGUGCGCGAUAAGGAUUUGGGGGUUCCCUCUGCGAAAAUGGCGGCAUUCGCACGACAGCAAACUCUAGAAGAGCAAAAAUACAACAAGGACUCUGUACACGAUUUGAAUUGGUCUUGUUUCUGCGUGGAUAGUUCAAUCGGUCCCUGUGGUCGAUAUUUCAGAACAUGGGAGAAUUUGUGUGUCUAUGCUAAACGCAGUGAAGAUGAUUCAAAAAAAUCAAAGAGUAAAAUUCACGAGUUGAAAAGCAAAGACGCGCCCAAAUAUGACGAGGAAAAGUGUUUCUCCUCCUUCCGUGACUUCAUGGCCUGUACUAUGGCCAAUCCUGACAUUAGACCGUGGGCUUCGGCUUUGAAGCGACACAAAGAAAGAACGACUGAACCAAAACCAACUGAAACUAAAAGCAGUUGAUUUUCCUAUCUGAUGACAAUGUUUAAAAACUGCCUUGGCUGUAGUUUUUUUUCAUCAGAAUUGAACUUCGAAGUUCAACUUUUGACUGAAUUGAUGCAAAAACAAUAAGUAAUUCAUCAACUGAAAAUAAAAGUGCUUGAUUUUCACGAUUUCUUGAUUUCAAAUGACGAUGUUUCAAAAUUGAACUGAUUACGAUGU